AUGACGCAGCGAAUUUAUCCGUUUUCCACGAACCCCCGCGAGGGAUCACCGGAUAUCCAAAUGGAGACGCUCAAAGAAAAUCACCCCCCCCGUCAGGAAAGAAUCCUAUCGAGAUACACGCAACAAGACAAGGAGAGGGAUAAACAUGAAGCCGAGUACAUGCUACAGGAAAAUGGCAAAGCAAUGGAAUUUGUGCCAUCGGAAACGAAGGAGGAGGAGGAGGAUAAACCAGCCUCAGAGUCGCCAUUACUGGUACCUGUGUCUUAUUACAAACUGUUUCGUUUUGCAACGUGGGGCGAGUUGAUGCUGAUCUUCUUAGGUCUGAUACUGGGUUGUCUCGCAGGUUUAUGUAUUCCAGUUGCAAUAAUCCAAUACGGAGAAUUCAGUAAUAUGCUAUUGGAUCGUAAUAGGGAGAACGACAUGACCACGUCAACAAUUAUAUUACCAUUAUUCGGGGGUGGGAAGAUUUUAUAUCCUAAUGCUACUCAUCAAGAAAGAAUGGAUGCUCUUUAUGAUGAUUCGGUGGCCUUUAGCGCUUCCUGCGCGUCAUUGUCAGCGAUUAUGUUCGUCCUUAGCAUGCUUAUGGUCGAUGUACUUAAUAUCGCUGCCUCCAGACAAAUUUCCAGAGUUCGCAAGAUGUUUCUGAAAGCCGUUCUAAGGCAAGACAUGUCAUGGUACGAUACGAACACAUCAACCAAUUUCGCAAGCAGAAUCAACGAAGAUUUAGAAAAGAUGAAAGAAGGCAUGGGAGAAAAACUAAGUAUUAUAACAUACUUAAUGAGUUCAUUCUUCUCUUCUGUGAUCAUCUCGUUCAUGUACGGCUGGUUGCUGACCCUAGUCAUGUUAAGCUGUGCUCCGAUCAUAAUAAUUGCCACGGCCUUUGUCGCCAAGAUGCAGAGUUCUCUCUCGGCUAGGGAACUGGCGGCCUACGGUCAGGCUGGUAGCGUCGCCGAAGAAGUUCUUGCAUCAAUUAGGACCGUGGUCGCCUUUAACGGCGAGCAGAAAGAGGUAGAGAGGUACUCGGAGAAACUAGCACCCGCGGAAAAAACUGGAAUCAAAAGGGGCAUGUGGUCCGGAAUCGGCGGCGGCGUCAUGUGGCUGAUCAUUUAUCUCAGCUAUGCGUUGGCAUUUUGGUACGGUGUAAAAUUAAUUCUGGACGACCGCCCGAAUGAAGACAAAGAAUACACGCCAGCAGUAUUAGUGAUCGUGUUCUUCGGCGUUCUGAGCGGUGCACAAAACAUGGGUUUGACUUCGCCGCAUCUCGAGGCAUUCGCGAUGGCUAAAGGUUCAGCGGCUGCAAUUUUCAAUGUUAUCGAUCGGGUGCCGUCGAUCGACAGUCUCAGUAAGCAGGGUCGACGGCUCGACUCCGUUAACGGAGAAAUCGAAUUCAGAAACAUCGCGUUUCGCUACCCGGCGAGAAAAGAUGUCGAAGUUCUUCAAUCGCUAAAUCUGAAAAUCAAUCGUGGCGAAACAGUGGCGCUUGUCGGUGAAUCUGGGUGUGGAAAAUCUACAUGUAUACAGCUCAUCCAACGACUCUAUGAUCCCCUCGGAGGACAGGUCUUGCUGGACGGAGUCGACGUGUCGACAUUGAACGUUCAAUGGCUACGCUCGCACAUCGGCGUAGUUGGUCAGGAACCAGUACUCUUUGACACAACGAUACGCGAGAACAUCCGUUACGGAAAUGACAGCAUUACCGAAGAGGAGAUGAUCAAAGCCGCGAAGGAAGCAAACGCUCACGACUUCAUCUCUAAAUUGCCGGAGGGAUACGAUAGUCCAGUUGGUGAGAGAGGCUCUCAGAUGUCUGGUGGACAAAAGCAAAGGAUUGCCAUCGCACGCGCGCUAGCCAGGAACCCGGCGAUCCUUCUGCUGGACGAGGCGACGUCUGCUUUGGACGGUCAUAGCGAGGCGAUUGUGCAGAGAGCCCUCGACGUGGCAGCGAAGGGAAGAACAACGAUUAUAGUCAGUCACAGACUUUCCACUAUCACGAACGUCGAUAGGAUUGUGUUUAUUAAGGAUGGGAUUGUCGUUGAGCAAGGAACUCACGAGGAAUUAAUGGCGCUCAAAAAUCACUAUUACGGAUUGCAUUCCGCCCACGCAGAUGCUACAGCUAAAGAUAAGGCCUCGAAGGUUAAGACCAUAGUGUCAACUCCGAAGAUGAAGAUAAAACCACCGUUAAAUCAACAAUUCUCAACGUUAUCCGCGCAUUCCCAUCGACUUUCUCUCGCAAGAUCUUCGAAUGAAGAAGAAUUGGACGAGCAAGAGAAACCUUACGACGCGUCUAUGAUGAGAAUAUUUGGAUUGAACAAACCGGAAUGGCCAUUAAAUUUGAUCGGAAGUCUCGCGGCAGCGACAGUAGGCGCUUCCUUUCCAGCUUUUGCUAUUUUAUUCGGAGACAUUUAUGGUAUAUUGAAUCUUCCUAACGCCGAGGAGGUCAUGAACGACACCAUUCUCAUGUCGAUACUUUUCAUUGUCGUCGGCUUAAUUACGGGAGUUGGCACUUUCCUGCAGAUGCACAUGUUCGGGCUGGCCGGCGUGCGUAUGACGACGCGAAUAAGAAAGAUGACAUUCAGCGCGAUGUUGAAACAGGAUAUGGGUUGGUACGAUGAGGACAAAAACAGCGUGGGUGCGCUCUGCGCGAGGCUGUCGUCGGACGCGGCGGCUGUCCAGGGUGCGACCGGAACUCGGAUCGGUUCCAUGCUCCAGGCCUUCUCGACACUCGUGAUCGGAAUCAGCAUAUCCAUGUACUACAGCUGGAAGAUGACGCUGGUCUCGGUAGUGUCGAUUCCGCUGGUACUCGCGGCGGUAUUCUUUGAGGCGCGAGUCAUAGGCGGUCAGGGGAUGCAGGAGAAGAAGAAGAUGGAGUCAGCCACCCGGGUGGCCGUUGAGGCAAUAACCAAUAUACGUACGGUCGCCAGUCUCAACAAGGAAGAGGUAUUCUUAAAGAGAUACUGCGUAGAACUGGACCACGUCGCCCAGGCGAUGCGAAUCAGAAAUAAACUGAGAGGAUUGGUCUACUCAUGCGGACAGACCAUACCGAUGUUUGGUUACGCCAUAAGUCUUUAUUAUGGUGGUUACCUGGUGGCCAGAGAAGGAUUAAGCUACGAAAAAGUCAUUAAGAUAUCGGAAGCGUUAAUAUUCGGCUCAUGGAUGCUGGGACAGGCGCUCGCCUUUGCGCCAAACUUUAACACAGCCAAAAUCUCGGCCGGUAAAAUCUUCAAGCUGCUCGACAGAGUUCCGGAGAUCACUUCGCCACCGGGAUCAGAGGGAAAGGAUUUAGACUGGAAAGCGGAUGGAUUGAUACAAUAUUCGAAGAUCAACUUUAAUUAUCCGACGCGGCCAGAAAUGCCGGUGCUCAAGGGGCUAGAUCUAAUUGUAAAGCCAGGCCAAAUGGUAGCCCUCGUGGGUCAGAGUGGCUGCGGAAAGUCCACCUGCAUACAAUUGCUGCAACGGCUCUACGAUCCGAUUACCGGUAUCUUGACAUUAGACCGGCGUGACAUCGCCUCGGUUUCACUGGCCACACUUAGAUCACAGCUUGGAGUUGUGGGGCAAGAACCAGUGCUCUUUGAUCGAACGAUUGCGGAGAACAUAGCUUACGGCGACAACAGCCGACAAGUGUCCAUGAACGAGAUCAUCGAGGCUGCCAAGAUGUCUAACAUUCAUUCAUUUGUCGCUUCGUUACCGUUGGGUUACGAUACAAGACUGGGAUCAAAAGGUACCCAGCUAAGUGGUGGGCAAAAACAGCGAAUAGCAAUUGCGCGUGCCCUGCUGAGAAACCCCCGAAUUUUGCUAUUGGACGAAGCAACUUCAGCUCUCGAUACUGCAAGCGAGCAGGUCGUGCAGGCGGCCCUGGACAAGGCUAUGCAGGGCAGAACAUGUAUAACCAUAGCCCACCGUCUGGCCACUAUAAGGAACGCCGACGUGAUCUGCGUGCUCGAUCGGGGCACCGUGGCCGAGAUGGGCACCCACGAAGACCUGAUGGCGUCCGGUGGUCUUUACGCUCACUUGCACGCUCUUCAGCAGUCCUCCAUCCAGCAGUAGAAGAGCGACUAGACGUCGAAUUCCUUCGCCUUUUCCUUCUUCGUACGCGACUCAACCGUCGUGGUGCAUCGAGCAUCUUCGAGGCGCGAAGAUCGACUUAGGGAUGAUCGAACGCGUGGAAAGUGGAGGAGAGAGCCAAACCGCGUAAAGAUCGCAGAGCGGAACUCAAGUGGCCGCAAUUGUCACCGCCGAAAGGCUACGAGAUGUCAGUGAACACAAACGAUGGCUGACAUCCAAAGGAAUGGAUACACUAGGACAGAAGACAGGUUCCUGUAGGUUUAUGGAACGUUUAACUUAUUCACCGUGCCGACUCUGUAGCGAGCGCGACGACAAACAGCACCGUUCGCAAUUUGAGAUCACUAAUUGAGGAUUAAGCGAUUUAUUUUCGGCGGAAACUUCAUUGAUCACAAAUUUAAAUUUGAAUUGUAUCGACGUCAGCCUGAACAUCAACUAACACACAGAAAAAUAUACAUUGUAUGCAAAUAGGUAAUAAUUACUCUUGUUUAAACAAUUCAUAUAACCGCAAAUUUACUA